UGGUCUCCGGGAGAAGGUUAUGUUGAAACGGCAUAGAAAAGGUGGAGGAGGACGAUAGACGGAGAGGCAACUUUCUCUCUUUCUCUUUAACCUUAUGAGGAAUUGUCGCCUGGGGUUUUGCAUGGCUGAAUGGACUUGAGUUUAUUUACGCAGUUGGAUGUCGCCUAAGUUCUGCUCAGUUUGAAGUUUUAGGCCACUCUUCUGGGGACCUUUUGUCGCUUACGGACUUAAUGCGUUUUGAUUUAAUGAGACACUGAGAGGAAGACGUGGAAGUGAGGCACAAUCUAAUCUGUAUUGGUUUACGUUGUCGCCAUGUCCAUGCUUCCGACGUUUGGUUUUACGCAGGAGCAAGUGGCGUGUGUCUGUGAAGUCCUCCAGCAAGGGGGGAACAUCGAGCGACUGGGGCGCUUCCUCUGGUCCCUCCCGGCGUGCGAACACCUCCAUAAAAAUGAGAGCGUCCUCAAAGCAAAAGCCGUGGUAGCUUUCCACCGGGGGAACUUCCGAGAGCUCUACAAGAUCCUGGAGAGCCACCAGUUCUCUCCGCACAACCACCCGAAGCUGCAGCAGCUGUGGCUCAAAGCGCACUACAUCGAGGCGGAGAAGCUGAGAGGCCGUCCACUCGGGGCCGUGGGGAAGUACCGCGUCCGGAGAAAGUUCCCUCUGCCCCGCUCCAUCUGGGACGGAGAAGAGACGAGCUACUGCUUUAAAGAGAAAAGCAGGAGCGUCCUCCGGGAGUGGUACACCCACAACCCUUACCCAUCCCCGCGGGAGAAAAGAGAGCUGGCCGAGGCCACUGGACUCACGACCACGCAGGUCAGCAACUGGUUCAAAAACCGACGGCAGCGAGACCGAGCAGCGGAGGCGAAGGAGAGAGAAAACAACGAGAACUCCAACACCAAUAGUCACAACGCAUUGACUUCUUCCAUGAAUGGAAAUAAAACUAUUUUGGGGAGCUCGGACGACGACAAAACGCCUUCAGGGACACCGGAUCACACGUCUCCGAGCCCGGCUCUGCUCCUUGGCUCGAACACCGGUUUACCGUCCCUGCACGGCCUUGCGCCCCCGCCGGGACCCAGCGCCAUCCCGGUCCCCAGCGGCGCAGACUCGGUGCACCACCACCACUCAUUGCACCAUGACACCAUACUGAACCCUAUGUCUUCUAAUCUGGUGGACCUUGGCUCUUAAAUACCGGGACAAAAGGGAGACAGAGAGCACUGUUUUUGGAGAAGUAAUCUACGAGGAGGCGUGAGUCAAGCUUCAAGCACUUGCGGCAAGGUGCAAGGCAGACAGACUGGAAGCACUGCGAAAACAGCGACCGUAACAAAUCAUUUAGUCUCAUAUUUAGCCUUAAAGCAAGUGGGGAUUAAAUCUCCAGAUUAAACUUGUUUUACAGAUUUUCCCAGAAACAAGUGUUAGUGCAGAGCACUUCAGAAGUUUGGACAAAUUUCAUUUAUGCACAACAAUCCCAUCCCACUGGCAUAUUUGUUCUCCUUAAUUCUCUUAAGGAAAAUAUGAUUCUCCAAAUUAUUAAAAUUGACCCACGAGAUUAUAUGACUUGUUCAGACAUUUUUUGCAGUGGUGAUGGAUGCAAAGGUGAGGCGGAUCGAAGUGGUUUUAGGUAAAAAAAU